CAAACGGUUCUUCAAUCUGAUUGGUCCACUCAGCCGUCCGUCAUCUCGCUUCCUGCUUUGGUGAAAGUGAGGCAUUAUUGUGUUUUCGGAGCGAUAAAGUGUCGCACUUUAAAUCGAGGUGAUGACUUUGUCGGUCCGGAGGUGUUCACAUCACCAUGUCCGGCGACGCGCAUCACGGUAGGAGGCGACGACACCCCAAAAUGUACAUGUUCGCGUCCGACUAUAAAGUGCAGGACCACCUGGAAGGAACCAUUCGCCUGCAGCGGGGGCAGCUCUGUCUGGAGCAGGAGGGAGGAGGAGGAGGACACAGGGCUGGGAGAGGAGACUACCUGUGGGUGAAGGUGAUUGAUAAUGGAUCCGUGGUGAAGGUGGACCGGCAGGUGCUCAGUGAAGUCCCCUCGGAUCUGGCUGGUCUGCUGGAGCCCGUCCCUGACCUGGACGUCCGUGUGAAGCUGCUGUCCCGGCCGCAGAUCCUGCAGAGGUUUGCUGCUCUAGCGCUGGGCUCAGAGGUGCGGGUCUUCUGGAACCGCAGCCAAUCAGAGCUCGCUGAGGCGGAGCUUCGUUUCCGCGGCCCCUUGACCAGAGGAAGCUCUGCCGUUUAUUUCGGGGUUCAGCUGAAGGGGUGGGCAGCAGGCCGCGGCAAAUCUAACGGCAACUAUAAAGGGCAUCAGUUGUUCACGUGUCCGGACGCCUGCGGCCUCUUCCUCCCGGUCAGCGAGCUCUCGCUGCCUCGAUCGUCACGAGGCGGCAGUUCCGGCGACCACGAUCGCCAUCCGCACCAGUCCAACCAGACACCAAACAACGGCGUCAGUCCGGUGAACAUCCUGUCCCGCGCGGCAGAGUCCGCGGUUCUCUGCUCUCCGCAGCCGCUCGCUGUCGGACAGAGAGUCUGUUUCACCCAGGACGAGUCUAUCCAUCGGGGAACCGUGCAGUUCUGCGGGCCCUUGCCUAAUCGGACCUCCUCCGCAGUUUACGUGGGAGUUUUACUGGAUCAAGCAGUGGGAUCAUGGGAUGGAUAUUAUAAAGGCACCAAACUGUGCUCCAUCACAUCGCCUGAGUUUGGGGCUUUACUUCCUCUUUCCAAAGUAACCCCAGAAAGUAGAUCUGAACGGUCUCCUCUGGCAGUAACCAAUCCCAAACCACUUCCUAAACUGCCGGCGUUGCCCAAUAAAACCGCCCUUCAGCCUCCGUCGCCCACCCACAGCAGAGAGCCCGCGCAGACACCCUCAGACCGACCCCUCAUCCAAGCGGCCAUGCUAGUGACGGCGAAAAAAGCCCUCCAGCCCCCGUCCUCCUCCGUCCCUAAAGCCGCUCUGAAACCUCCUCCGCUCACCACGCCCAAACCUGCUCUGCAACCUCCCCCUGUCCCGCUCACCAAACCCCAGGCCCCGCCCACGUCCCCAGCCACUGACCACUCGCGCUCUUCAAACGGAUUCCACAACCUCCCCUCUCCACCAAUCGCAGAGCAGAAGGUGGAGUUUGGCAGGUGGUUAGAGGUGGGGUCCAUGGUGGAAGUCAAUGACCCGCCCCUUUUCGGAGUGAUUCGCUGGAUUGGACAGAUCGGCGGCGUCUCGGAGCCGGUCGCUGGAAUUGAGCUGGAUCAGGAGUUGUCCGCCGCCACGGAUGGCAGUUACCUCGGUGAGCGUCACUUCCGCUGUCCUUCCAACAAAGGGCUGUUCGUCAAACUGAGGAACUGCAGACGCGACUCCAGGUUUCCUGAGCCUGAACUGCCCAUUAAUCAGGUCGAUCGCUGCAACUCUAUAGCGUUUGCGAACUGGAGCAGUGAGCGUGUGGAGGAGAACACUCCUCCUGUGUCGGGUCUGGACGCCCGGCUGACCUACGAGGGCUUCAAGAAGGGCAUUCAGGGUCACCUGAACUCCUGCUACCUGGACGCGUCUCUCUUCAGCAUGUUCUCGUGCUGCAGCUCGUUUGAUUGGCUCUUGUUCUGGCCCACGGGACCCGCCAACAGUAAAAGCGCUCAGGAUCUGCUGCGCUGUGAGAUCGUCAAUCCUCUACGCAGGUACGGCUACGUGUGCGCCAGUAAAACCAUGGCUUUACGCAAACUUCUGAAAGCAGAGACGGCAGAUUCUGGAUUUACCAACGAGGAGAAAGAUCCAGAGGAAUUCCUCAACCAGCUUUUCCUGCUUCUCCGGGUUGAACCACUUCUGAAGAUCAGGUCUGCGAGUCAGAAGCCGCAGGAGUGUUUCAUCUAUCAGCUCUUUCCUCCGUCUGUUUCGGCGUCUCCAGCAUCUCCUCUCGUCUCUCCGGUGUCCGUGUGCGCGUCUCCGCCUCUCUCUCCGAUCCCGCUCUCGUCUCCGGCCGCGGCGCUCCAGCGUGUGGCGAGUGUCCAGGCGCUGCUGGAGUCCUCCUUCAUGCACUCGGGGCUGAAGCUCACAGAGGCUCCGUCAUGUCUGCCGCUCCUCAUGCCCAGAUUCGGCAAAGAGUUCAAGAUGUUUGACGCCAUUCUGCCCUCGCUGACCCUCGACGUCACUGACCUGCUGGACGAGGCUCUGCGUCAGUGCAGUAUCUGUCAGUCGGUGGCGCAGUGGGAGUGUCUUCAGUGUUAUGAGGAUGUUGACAUCACACCCGGCCAGUUAAAGCAGUACUGCAGCACCUGUAACACACAGGUUCACACACACAAGAAGCGGCAGACGCACAAGCCGACGCAGGUCAGAGUGCCGCGGGGCUCAUGGGAAGGGCCGGUUUACGGGGCCCGGCAGCUCAUGGAUCUGUUCGCCGUCACCUGCAUCGAGACCAGCCACUACGUGAGCUUCGUCAAACACGGCCCCGAACCCACAGACUGGCUCUUCUUUGACAGCAUGGCCGACAGAGAGGGAGGAGAGAACGGCUUUAACGUGCCGCAGGUGCGAGCGUGUCCCGAGGUGGGCCGUUACCUGAGUCUGUCCGCGGACGAGUUCGCUCGACUCGACGCCGCCUCGCUCCGAGAUCCCGUCCGCCGCUUACUGUGUGACGCGUACAUGUGUCUGUACCACUGUCCUGAGCUCAGCCUCUACAAAUGAGAGUGUGUGAGUGAGUGUGUGUGUGUGUGAGUGUGUUUCACAAGAGGAAAGCAUGACACUGUAAAUAGUUAUAUUUGAAAAGAUGUCUUAGUUUUAACACAACACAGUAUAUGUCUGUUUACAAAUGUAAAUGUUUAAUUUUAUAAAAAGAAUCAUGAAGUUUC